AUGUGUGUGUACACACGUAUUCUGCGUGCGUGCGACGACGACGACGACGACGACGACGACGACGACGACGACGUUCGCGAGGAGCUAAGUGCAGUGGCGCACUCCGGCCAAGAUGAGAAGGUCAUAAGUUUGUAUCAACCCCGGGCGGAGACCCAGACGAAGCUGGCCGGGGGAAAAAUAGGAAGACGAACAGAGCGGAAGGCACAUACGUCGCUACCAACUCUGCCGCCGGUGUCGACACAGCCACGGCAGUGGAGAAGCCGUGAGGCCGCCCCACAGCAGCGCCAGGACGGCGCGAGCUACACCGGCGCGAGGCCGGCGCAAGCUACACCUAGCCGAGUGCUUACACCGUUCACCGCCAACUGCAUAUGUGUGUGUACACACGUAUUCUGCGUGCGUGCGACGACGACGACGACGACGACGACGACGACGACGACGACGACGUUCGCGAGGAGCUAA